AUGUCUAGUGAAGUCACCGAAACACCUGUUGCGAAAUAUGGCCGAACUACUGAGUUUGGUGUUGUUCUUGACUUUAUUCAAACUUUGAUAAGUGACGACACUUUACGCCAAGCCUUCAACAUUCCACAUCUGGUCGUGGUCGGUCGGCAAAACAUGGGAAAAACCACUCUGAUAAACCGUCUGAUUGGGCGAAAUCUUCUCCCAAUGCGCCGCAAUGAAACCGCAAACACCUUACAGGCCCGCACUACAUGUCCCAUAAUACUCAACAUAAGAAACGCCGAGAAGAGCCUCGUGGAGGUUAGAUGCGAUCUAAAUGGUCUUUGGAGGGCUGAGGAAAAUCCAAAGGAUGAUGCCGUGGAGGAAUUUCUUAACAAAGUCACAGAAAAUUUAGCGAAGGAAGAGGGAACUCUAAUUUCGAAAACUCCUGUUAAUGUUACUCUGCAAGGUGAGAUUAAUUUAACUAGAAUUCAGAUUUCACGUAUCAAUGUAAUUUAAGCAUCCUUUUACUGUAGCAGGUAGCAGUUCGUAUGUAGUGAAUAUGAAAUAAGAGAAACUUUUUUUCACUGCUGUUUGUUUCCUGCCAGUCUUGAAAAUUCCUUCAUUCAGCUCUAUAGAAGUUCCAAGUUCAGUCUGAAAUUUAAACUUAUCUUGCACUGUUCAAAUUAUUUUGACUUCGUACUUUCUUCUUCCCCAGGUCCCGAAUUCACGACUCUUACCUUGGUGGACCUUCCCGGCGCUCAUUUCGCCAACGACGAUCCACGCAUGAACAUCGUGACUCAAGAUCUAGUUUUGGAAUACAUCGAGAAAAACACUAACAGCAUUAUCGUCAUAGUUUCCGAAGUAGGGGACCCCACAGGUGACAGUGCAAUAAACCUUGUUAUGCAAAAGGCCUCAGAUUUUAGGAGCCGCACAAUCUGUGCGCUUACCAAACCAGAUAAGUUGAGAGAAUCCGAUGACAUGGGGAAAAAGGUGGCCAUGAAUGGAUCCAGCUUCACACUGGAUGAUAACCGAUUUAUUGUUCUGCGAGGUAAAAUAUGUUUGUCAGUUUGUUUAACUUUGAAACGAGUCGAUAGCUUAACUUACACCAGUAGUUAGGGACUUGUAAGGUAUUAUUUAAAACGUUCUCCUACUGAGGGUCGCAAAAGCAUAGCUAAAGUAGUCACAUCGCUUAGUGAUAGUGAGGGAAAUAUCAGAGAAUAUCAGAGCUAAUGCAGGGGUUUGGAGUAAUUUUUCCAUAGGCGGCGAUGGUUUGAUGGGCGGCUGUGCUGUAAGAUGAAACCUAGACACGAGAGCUCGAUCGCAAGCUGAACAAGGGGUGGGGGGGGGGGGGGGGAAGACCGCCGGUUUUAACUGGCUUUUAUUAAAACCCCUGCAAUAAGAAUAAGGGUAAACACGUAUAAAUGCCGUGAAGAGUGGAAAACACGAGAGACAAAGGAGUCACGAUUGGUAUAGUCUGGCAUUUGAUUGAUCGAGAGUGUGGCUCGAUAUAUUUUUUUUGUAACCAAUCCCCGCGUGAAGUGAGUUAAAACGAAAGAAAUACAUGAUUUCUUUCUACACGUAAAGAGAGCGGGAAAACUUCAGGUCUAAUUUAGUUCGAAGACAUGUAGGGAUGUUAUAGGUAAAAUAGUCUAUAGCCUUCGGCUUUCUUUUCAAUAUAACAUUAAGGGAAAGAUGGUACAGAUCCAGCUGAGAAGGACUGGGACGCUGAAACGACACGUGUCCAAGAAAAACUAUGGUUUGCGCGGCAUCCUCAGUACAAGGACAUUCAACAUGUCUGUGGAAUUGAUCGACUCAUGGACACCAUGAUCUCUUUACUGGCUGAGAAGAUGAUCACAGAGAUUCCUAAUCUGGUGGAACAAAUGAAGAGGCGAGAAAAAGAAGUAAGGAAAUCGUUUGUAAGAAGAGAUUAUUUUAUCAUUGCCAGGUUAGCACUUUUGGGAGACUACUGGAAAUCAAAGAAUGACCGCUCGAGCCUCACUCGGACCAGUACUCAGGGUCUCAAGGCAAAAUUUGCUAUCGGGUGUCGAAAGUAAUCCUAAACUCACGGGUUUUUCUCCAUUAUAUUUAGUGAUUGGUAUAAUCGCUCCCUAACCACUUGAUGAAUGAUAACGUGUGCAUUAUGUAAGCAACACGAAUAUGACAAUAUUGUCUAGUUUCGUGUCUCAAUUUAAUAUCACAAUUUUUCGAUCCAAUAAGGUGGAUGAUACACUGGUAGAACUAGAGAGGUGUGAGGUACCAGAGUCGAGAGAAGGCAAGGGCGGAGUGGCCAUGAAACUGAAAGAAAAUCUAAUCAGAGAGUUAAAUAAACUUCUUUUCAACAAUACUUCUAACACAGCUGGAGGGGAACGCGUCAGGCAGCUGUUUAAUUCAUUCCAUCGAGAAGUUUUCAAGGUGAUUGUUUUUGGGUUAUAGUCUGUAGUGUCGAGGUAUAGAUGAGUAGUCACUUAUCACAAAUUAUUGGGCGAAAAUUUUUCGUAAAGAACGAUAUGUAGCGGAAAUUUAAGUCAUUCUAAAUAAUGAUAAUAAUAAUUAUUUUAGUAUAAAGCAUUUAGAACAAUCCCAGCAUUCAAUUCUUUUUUUUUUUAGCUUUCCAAGUUAUACUUUUUCGUGAAUUAUACUUGUAGGUGAAGAAAGAACUACUUGGUCAAACAUCUUCUUUUACAUCGCAUAGCAGGACUUUUACGAUUGGCAUACAUAUAGUGCAGAGCAGUUAGAACGAUCCCAGCAUUCAAUUGUUUUUUAAAUAAAAUUUGUCACAGGUGAAUCCCUUGGAGAUGCGUAAUGACGAUGAAAUACGAAGACAACAAAGAAAGUUGGAGGGCGUAGCUGCUCCUCUUGGAGACAGCAGUGAAAACAGUCAGCUGCUACAGAGGCUUCUUUAUGAGAAGUAUACAGGUAUUAACUAAGAGCUUCUUAAACUUUAUUGAACAAAACAUUUGUUUCUGGUAAAGCUAAUUUGGAUAAUGUUAGGGUAGGAGGCUGAAAACCUCAUAGCAAACCUUUACAUAAAUGAAUCCCUUACAAGUUAUUUUCGGAUAGAGCAAUUGUCAAUUGAAUGUCGAAAGUGUUCUGGGUUUUAAAGUAAAACCUUCCCUCUGGGUACACUAUUGGGACUUGAAUGUAGUUUUUCCUUCAGUGAAGAUAACAAGUAGAUAGAUUACUCAGUGGACGCUCAAUUCAGGUCACAGUAUCAGAUCUAGGAAAAGCGUCCCUUUAUUAGAGGUGUACUUUCAAUAAAGUUCAGAGGAAGAAAGGUUAUACCUUGGCCCCUCCCUUAAGGGUACACCUUCGGCUCUGAAAUAAUGCCCCCUUAAUAUAGAUGUUAUAAAGGAAAGUUCUUAGACUUUUUUCAAUGGAACGAUGCAGUAAAUCACUUUUCUGUUUUUUCGAUAGGAGUACAAGCCAAUGGUAAACCAGUCACGCUUCUGAGCCCAGUUGAUAGGUUGCUACCCCUGUCCGAGAAACUUGUCAGCAAUGUCGAGGCAACUUUGCGAGAUGUUGUACAAAAGGCCAUCGAAGAAACCUUUUCGAAGUUCCCAACACUUAAAAAAGCAGUUGAAGCGAAAGUUGUCCGCGAGAUUUUUGACGAGAAACGCGAACAGACCAUGGAAUUUAUCCGACAGUUCUUAGAAAUGCAGAAAAAGAGCACCGAUAUUGUUUUCGCCCCAAUCCCCACACCUACUGAGAUAAACACCUGGGAAGCGGUCCCCUUUAAAGAUCCCUCCAAGCUUCAUCCAUGCAUGAUGUCAAAGACGACUUCUCACUUGAAGUAUCUCGCGAAAAAUCUAUACCCCGAGAAGCUGCUAAAUGAGAUUGAAGGUUCUAGCCCAAGCAUACAUAUGUAUAAGGUGAGAACAAAGAAUUUUCAGGGGUAACUUGCAUGAUGGAAAGCCUCUCAAGCCAGGGUUACGUCCAUUCUUUUUAAAAACACAUUAGCAUGUCGGGUAACGAUUGUUGCGGUUGAACAUUAUGCAGGACUUUUGUGUUGAAUACACAAACAAGGUAUUUUGUAUGUUGUUACUUGCGUUGAACCAAGCGCGUGACCUUGAGCAUGAUGGGAUUGAGUUCGAAGUUUCGUUAGAGGGUGAUAUUUGUCUUCGGUCCACACCUUGGGCAAACAGAAGGUAACAGCUUCCUUUAAUUCUUUAUUUUUAAAUGGCGCUAUUUCUUGUGAGUUCAGUGCACGUAAAUUGGAGUAUGUUCCAAGACAUUUGCUGUCUUAAUGGCGUUCAGCAAGGUAGCGAGUCAGGUUUGGUAACGGGUGAUGAUAUGAUGUAGGUGUCCCGUCACCAGAGAGUGAAAUGAACACCAACUUUUUCUAACUGUUAGGAAUGUUUCCGAUUGACACCAAGAGUACUCAGGUACACAGGCAAAUUUUCUGAGGGAAGCAUUAUCGCUCUUUUUCUUAGGAACAGCUGCAGGAGGAAAUAAAGAACGUCAAAAGGAACGUGGUGCGAUGUUUCAACGUGCUUAAAAUGAAUGUGUGUGACACAGUUCCCCGCUGCAUCCUGCAUUUUUUCGUCUCACAGCUGGUAGAUGAUCUUGACCGCGCUCUGGAGAAAGAAAACUUGGUUGAGUUCUUGAAGGAAAGGAAGGACAUCCGGGACAAGCGCACCCUGUGUAGGAACCAGUCCUUGGCUUUGAAGAAUGCACUGCCACGUACACAAGACGUCCUGGAUAAACUUCUGCGCAUGGGAUCUCCCCAAAAGGACGGGAAAAUGUAG